CCAUCUACACGCGCCUUCGAGUGGGACUCACGCGCAUCUGCGUUCUCCGUUUGCCCUAAUCUCCUCCGAUAAGAGAUCUCGCCGCGACUCGUCUAUUUAGCGAUUCGUUCCGUGUCGACUCGGUUACGAUCUAAACAAUGGAUCCGAUGGAUAUAGUUGGCAAAUCCAAAGAAGACGCUUCGCUUCCUAAAGCUACGAUGACUAAGAUUAUAAAGGAGAUGUUACCACCUGAUGUUCGUGUUGCUAGAGAUGCUCAAGAUCUUCUUAUCGAGUGUUGUGUAGAGUUCAUAAAUCUUGUAUCUUCAGAAUCUAAUGAGGUUUGUAACAAAGAGGAUAGACGAACGAUUGCUCCUGAGCAUGUUCUCAAGGCACUACAGGUUCUGGGUUUCGGAGAAUAUAUAGAGGAAGUCUAUGCUGCUUAUGAGCAACAUAAGUAUGAAACCAUGCAGGACACGCAGAGAAGUGUGAAAUGUAACAGUGGAGCUCAAAUGACUGAGGAGGAAGCUGCAGCUGAGCAGCAACGUAUGUUUGCUGAAGCGCGUGCAAGAAUGAACGGAGGUGCUCCGGUUCCUCAACCGCAACAUCCUGAAACCGAACAUCCUGAGACUGACCAUCCCGAAACCGACCAGAGAAGUCUGCAAAGCUAAUUGGAACCUUAAGGCUUUCUUCGCACCAUCGAUAGGCAAAAAUAAAAAUGAAAAGAGCAUCCUUUUAACGUUCCUUUGUAAGUGCAAAUGCAUAUGUCUAUAUGCUCUUAGUAUUAGAAUAAUAUAAGUUAGUGUUUUAUGAUCUGGAAACACUUGUGAUUCAGAUGUAGUUAGUAAAGCGUUUAUUGUUUUGUGCUACUUCUAUCCCGAGUACAUAUGGUGGAUCCGAUUUAAUGAGUUUACGGAGGGAGUUUUA